AGCUCCUUUCAAUUAUAUCUAAUCUAUGCAACUCCUGAAAACAUAUAAAAUUGAUGUCGGUUCUAUAAUAAACAAUCGAAUUGCGCUUUUCCGUAUCGCAAUGUAUUUCAAGGUUUUGUUUGUAGUGGCUACCGUCUGCGUUGCUGCUUACUCUCAAGAGAUAGGAGAACAAGAGCCCGUGAAUGAGUGCCAUAGCUGUAUCAGUAAAAUACCAGGAGACGAAUGUCACGCGGGAGGGAGAGGAAUUGAAAUGAAAUCAUGUGGAGUAGGAACCAUUCGUUGUGUGACAAUUACCGGCGGUAUAAAUGGUACAAUGGGUAUGGUAAGAGCAUGUUCACCAUAUGAAGACUGUAGCACCUUCUCUGGAUUUAGUGUUUGCAUAGUUUGCAAUUGGGAUGGCUGUAAUGAACAUAGAUUAUAAGUUUGAAGAUGUGCUCUGCUUUAAGGUUUAAAUACAUUUCGUUUUACAUAA